AUGUUACAUGUGAUUAGAAGAUCUAGAGCCACGUCGGCUCGCCAAUUGCCGCGUGUGGCGGGGUUGCUGGCUGGCGCAGCGGCCGUAAGGUCGAGAACAUACAUUGGCACCCGCAUACUGCACGAGGAACAGAAACCGAAGAAACCAGAGCCACCAAAUUCCAUCCUGACAGAGGACAUGCUUGCGCGCGCUGGGGUGGACGCUGAGCGCGGGCCGGAGACUGAGAAGGCGCCGGCGGAGGACAAGGCGGGCGAGAGCACGGAGACCGGGUCCGGGGCAGGCAAGAAGAAGCGGGCGAGAAAGACGACCACGGAGAUCAAGCGCGAGCGGUACGCGAACCUGUUCUACCUGUUUUCGCUGACGGGGCUUGCGGGCGGUGCGGUGUAUAUGUCACGUGACUGGGAUGCCGACGAGCCCGAGGAGGAGCGCAAGGGCAUUGAGAAUGGGUACACGCCCGGUCUGAUGUACCGGCGCUUCAAAGCGAGAUUUGACUCGCUCUUCACGUUUUUCCAGGAGCCACCGUACCCGGACUUGCUGCCUCCACCGCCUCCACCGCCAUACCAGAGACCAUUGACGCUGGUGCUACCAUUGGAAGACUUCUUUGUGCAUUCUGAAUGGACCCAGCAGCACGGCUGGCGGACUGCAAAGAGACCGGGCGCAGACUACUUCCUCGGAUAUCUGUCGCAGUACUACGAAAUUGUGUUGUUCUCCUCCAACUACAUGGUGUACUCGGAGAAGGUUGUCGAAAAGUUGGACCCCAUCCGUGCGUUCAUUACCUAUAAUCUAUUCAAGGACCACUGUGUGUACAAGGAUGGCAUCCAUAUCAAGGACUUAUCGCAUUUGAACAGAGACUUGGGCAAAACCCUGAUUAUUGACACCGAUCCAAACUCAGUGAAGCUUCAGAUGGAGAACGCCAUCCUGGCAGAGCCCUGGGACGGUAAGGCAGAUGACGCGCUGUUACGUUACAUCCCAUUCCUGGAAUACCUUGUCACCCAACCCAUCAACGAUGUGAGGCCAAUCUUGAACAGCUUCAAGGACAGACACCACAUUCCUGAGGAGUUUGCUGAGCGCGUUGAGAAGCUGCGCGCCAAGUUCAACGCUGACCAAAAGGCAAAGGCAGGAAGCGGUCUAUCUUUCCUGCUAAACCCAGGAAUGGCCAGCAAGCCUGCUAAAUUCCCGCUCGAUCUUAUUAGGGAAGAAGGUGAGAAGAACUAUGUGCGCUUCAUGAAGCUAAUUGAGGAGGAGAAGGAAAAGUUGAAGUUGCAACAGGAGCACAUGAGUGCUCCAACGUUCACCUUGAAGGACAUGGCAGAGGGGAACAUGCCUACCCCUGAAGAACAAAUGAAGAUGCAGUUGCAGAAACAGAAGGAGUUCGAGGAACUAUAUGAGAAAGAAAAACAGAAGAUGCAACAGCAAACCAAGGGUCAGUGA